AUGUCUGACGGCUCAGAAUCGGAUCUCGAGCCCAUUGAGAGCUAUGGGCUUACUCCAGUCACCGACGGAGAGCAUUUCGAAGCAUGGAAGGCCUUCUGGGGAGAAGAGAUUGUCGUGCAGGAGCGACCGAUGUGGAAGCCAUGGGUUGACGCUCUGAAGCCACCUGCAGGCUAUGCCGAGUUGACAGCCUUGGCACGGGCUACAGGGCUCAAGCAAGACUCAACAACUCUCGCCUUCCCCCCCACGACGAUCGUCAAUACCCCCUGGAAGUCCUCUUUGGAUAGGAGUCGGGGACUGAUUGUGGUUAAUAGCGAGCUGCGUCGUCUUUGCGACAGGGCUGUCAGUCUGCGGAAUGAGAAGAGAUGUCGAGACUUAGUUAUCGAAGGGCAAACUGGCACAGGCAAGACAUACCUGGCCUAUUACAUUCUGGUGCAAUGCCUUUCCUCUCGACAAAACGUGGUCGCCCAUCUGGAUGGUUCCGUCGUUUUAUUCUGUUCGGAAGGCGUGUACAGUGGCAAAACACUCGAAUUGAACCUCUUCAGUCUGGAUGACUUCAACUCGGCCAUCGGAGGCGAAGCCUGGGCUAUUUCUGAUGUGGUCGAAGACGGGGCUCUCCAUGUCCCAUCGGCUGGCGUCAUGUACUGCAUUCGCAUUGUUUCCGCCUCUUCACCUAGCCUCGAGCAUUAUAUACACGAUAAAUCACCCGCCGUUUUGGUAUUGGAUGUGCCAACUGUCGAGUCCCUGAUUAUGAGUGCGACCGUACGCUUCGACGUUAAGCCUACAAGGCCUCAUCUUCGACGUAUUCUCGAGAAUGUUCAUAUGUUUGGCCGAAGUUUUGGGACAUUUGCCUCGGAUAACCUCAUCAUGCGUACAGAUCUUGCAGAUUACAUCACAGGGUUAUCUCCCGCCCAUCUGUUUACGUUGGCGCACAAAGCCAGCUUUGGUCUGCAUUUUCAGGAGGUUAUGCGGUCAGGUGCUGGUCCUGACCUAUUCUCCCUAAAGCGCGACAUUGCUGCGCAUGAGGGGUUCAUACCAACUAUCGCCUCUCGUUUCGUGCUCAGUGAGGUUGCUCGGCUACAUGGCCUUGCCGGUCUCUCCGGCUUGCGCUCCAUGGAUGUAGUGCAACGCGAACUUGACGGAUAUCAAGAAUCUGGUCACUGGCUGCGCGAAUUCAUCGCCCAUUGUCUGCUGUCUGAGGGUUCUGUGGAACACCUCGCUCGGUGCCAAUUGGAACAGAUCUUUCCCUUUGGCGCUUCGAAGCGUCGAGGUGCCCUGAAGAUAUCACAUAUAUGUUCAAAACGCACUUUGGAGGUAACAACCGGCGAGUUUCCAUCCACCCUCGCUCCCUCCAGCUACUACGUCAUCGGGCCCCUCGUGCACAGUACCUUCCAUGCAGUCGUGUACGCACAGCCUGACAGCACGUCCAGAAUCGGCAGAUUAGCCUCGCCGCAUGCUGCGAGCCCUGAGCAAAGACGAAAGUUGCGUCCACGCACUGAGGUCUCUUAUGCACUUGAUCAAAGAAUAGGGCGCAAACGCAAACCUUCCGCGGAUAGGCGUCUUGUUCUCUUUCUUCAAGUCACUGCGUCAUCAGUCCAUGGUUUGACUGAUGAAGGCCUUGAUCGCUUGAAACGCAACAUGGAUGCCGACGCCGACGCCGAAUACUCCUUUGUUUUCGUCACUGGCAAAGGCCGCUCCCUCGACUUGAGCAUGAUACCCGAAGUUUGGGCGAAGCGUUUACUCUGGUACAAAGUUAGCGUUGACAUUAGGGACUGGUGA